AGCCCCUCCCUCUGCUGUCGUGCGCACCGUCACCAUGAUCCAGUCGAUUUUGAUCUUCAAUCACCAUGGCAAGCCCCGCCUCUCAAAGUUCUACAAGCACUAUCCCACGGAGAUGCAACAACAGAUCGUGCGCGAGUGUUUUCAGCUCGUCAGCAAGCGCCCCGACAACGUCUGCAACUUUCUUGACGGUGGCAGUCUACUGGGUGGAUCGGACACCCGCCUCAUCUACCGUCACUACGCCACGCUCUACUUUGUCUUUGCGGUGGAUGCCUCCGAAUCCGAGCUGGGUAUCCUUGAUCUGAUCCAGGUGUUUGUGGAGACCCUGGAUAGUCGCUUUGAAAACGUCUGCGAACUCGACAUUAUCUUCCAUGUCGACAAGGUUCAUCAUAUUCUAGACGAUAUUGUCAUGGGUGGCAUGGUACUGGAUACCAGCCUCAGCUCGAUCCUGGUGCACAUUGAUGGGCAGGAUAAGAUCCUCAAGGGCGAGGGCUCAUCUUUCUUGCAACAAGUCAGCAAUAGCAAGGCGGCCGAAAAGGUCAAGGCCCUGGGCAGCCGGCUCUCCCACCACUAAGGGCCUGGCUGUCAUGCUGGCGCCUCGUUAAACACUUUUUUUUUUGUUUGUGACUCACCGUCUUUUGGGCUUGAUUCAGCCCCACCUUGUUCUUGAACACCACUUGCCAUUGCGUGUUCAGCUUCCCCCUUCUCUCGUGACGUUUUAGGCUAAUCGUCUCCAUGUUGGUUAUCGUGCGUAUUGUUCGUUGACGCGCCAUUGUUACCUCGUGUUUGUCAUUCUGGUGGAGUUAUGACACUGCUUUUCGCGAUAUAUCUGAGAGAUGAAUUCGCGUGGUCAACCAGAUGUCUCUGCUGGACCUUGCUCCCGUCAUGCAUCUCACCUCUUUCUUUAUGUGCCCGCUGUGUAUUCCGGUUGUCUCACUUUGCUGCGGGCGUUGGUGC